AUGUCCCUGACGUUUGAAGAGCCGACAGAUGACGUGAGGGCUAUCAUGUCGACUAAGAGGAGAAGGCGCCAAAAAAUGGAAAGGGAGAGCAAGUUGGCGGAAGAAGCAAUUUCGACGUGCAAAUUUCAAGAUUUUUCGGAGUCGAUAUCGACGCCUGUCAAGGCUGGCAGUUCAGAGGGGUACAGCAGGCGUAUUUACACUCCUAAGUUGAAAUUUGAUCGCAAUGGAAUGGCGAUUCAAGAAAAGGAGUUGAAUGAACCUUAUUGCCAGCUUCAGCGCAUUAAGAAGAAGAUACUAGACAAGGUGCGAGUUGAACAGAGCGAAAUUAGUCUUUUGAACGAGACGUUUGAAGACUUUUUUUAUGAAUACGGCUCGAACGAGUACUCGCUGAACCAGCAAGAAGAUGUGUUUUUGAGAUGGAUCAAUUAUAUGCUCACGUUGAAGUGCGAGUUUGAGGAUUCAAGUGAGGUACUUUUACCUAGUUAUUCCAGCGUUAGAGUUUCCCCGCAUUGUAUUGUGUAUUAUCCAACGAGGGCCAGUGUCCAGACGCGCGCAUUAGACCUGUUGAGACAGAAAAAGUCGAUGUUCCGGAAAAUUAAGGAAAGAGUGGUCUUAGAGGAAAUAGCGAUUGCAGAAGACAAAUCAAUACUUGAGGAUUUUGGAAUGCGUCAGCACUUCGUCGAGCUCCUGUUGAAUUACUCGAACGAUUAUUUGAUCAUCGCGUUGGAGGCGCUGUUCCAAGACCAGGUGUGUACGACGAGUGUGUGCAGUCAGGCGGCAUUAGAACAGGCGUUGUCUAAGUACAUUGUGCAGCAUUUCGCUAGCAACGCGAUGUUAGAGAGUGACAUUUUUGACUUACCGAGCAAGGCAGAGGUCAAGAUGACUAAGUCGGCGAUGGACAAGCAUAUUUUGAUUAAUUUUCUCGCUUUGGUUUGGUUGCUGGAACAAUUGAAAGUUUAUUCGGUUUUGACACCUCGCGCGGAUUUCGAGUUAUUUUCGUUUGCUCACGCGAGCAUUUAUGGGGGGCGUCUAUUCAAGAUGAAUGCGGCGUUUAAGAGCAGUGCAGAGAUAGUUUACGAGUUUUCUCGGCAAUUCUUGACGGGGGAGGGAGAUGUGUUGCGACACCUCAGAGCGAUGGAGUACGUGGUUGAGUAUCAGCAGAUGCAGUUGGAUGAGUACGUCUUUUCGGCAGAGAACCUGGAGUGCUGCUUUCGCGACGGAGUGAGGCUGUGCGGACUUGCCGAAAUAUUGUGCGUGCAAAUGGGUAAGAAGCCGAGCAGGUCUAUUUUUUCCUCUGUUCGUCUGCCGAUUACUUCUUCCACGCUCAGGAAGGUGCACAAUGCGUCGCUGGCAUUAGAAGAGUUAAGGAAGUGCAACAUUUUCCCCGCUGGGGUGGCGGUACAAGACAUAGUGAACGGAAAUCGACUCAAGACGCAUUCUUUGAUAUGGGCCAUGGUAUUGAGUGAAUUGUCUUGCUUGAUUUCUGUGGAAACGUUGAGUGGCGAGAUUGAAUUGCUCUCGCGGGAGUUGGCAUUGGAGUGCCCCGAUUGGCAGAAAAAUCUGUCGGAGAGUCUGGACGAGGGUUCUGGUAUGGGAUACGAGCCUUCUACCUGCACUUAUUUCAACCAGGAGUUGUUUGAUGCUCUGCUCAAGUGGUCUCAGGUCGUUUGCUCCAGGUUCAACUAUCCGGUUCGCAACUUCCGGAGUUCGUUUGGUGACUGGCGGGCAUUUUGUUAUUUGGUUUAUCACUACGUUCCGGAGUACAUUUCGCUUAGCGCCAUUAGGACUGACACAAUGAUGGAGUUGCAGGGCAAAAUUUGCCGGUCGCUCUUUCGGUCCGAGAGCGAGCCGUGUUCGUUGGAUUCAGACAUGCUGACUAUGUUGCUUGCCUAUACGCACGUCUUUCAUCCUCGACACGCGGACGCGGCGAAGCAGAAUCACUUGGAGAUUCUUUCGAAGACGUGUUCGGUUUACAGACAGGCGAAGAGUGCCGAAUACUACAACUAUCGCCUGAUGAUAGACGCGGUUGAAAAGAUGGGGUGUAUUCCUCCGUUGGUGCGGCUGUCCGAGGCGGACUGGUACGGUCGGGGUUUGUUGGACGAGAAGGUGUUUGUGAUGCAGUUGGUGUAUUUAUGCGUUCGUUUAUUGCAGCUGCGUCGCGAGAGACCUGCGGCGGUUGAAAUUCAGCGCGCCGUACGCGCACGGUGGCGGGCGAAAGUGAACCGGACGGUUCGGAAGUUCCAAGAGGCGGUUCGACUGGUGGUGGAGGGGCAGCGGUUGCGAUGCGCGUGCGAGGCGGUGGUGACGCGCGUUUAUGCGAGGAGGGAGAAGGAGAAGUUUCGGAAUCUGGUGGAGGGCGCAAAAGCGAUCCAAAACGGGUGGAGAAGGCGCCAACUUAGAGAGGAGGCGCGUCGUCUGCGAGCGUGCGUGAAGGAUCUGCAGAGUUUGGUUAGGUCGACAAGGGACAGAGAUGCGUAUUGUCGGGUGGUGGACGCGUCGGUGCGCAUACAGGCGUGUUGGGCGACUCGAGUGAGAAAACGGAGGUACAUAGAAGAGAUAGAGAGUGGUUCGAGCGUGCAAACCGCGUAUAGACGGUAUCGCGAGAGACGAGUGUAUUUGGAGCUGAGGUCGUCGCUGGGCGCGAUUGGUCGUCAGGCGAGAGGGGCGUCGGCACGCCGUGCAUUUGAGAGGGGUUUAGCGGCGAGGCGAGUGUCGACGCGUUGGAGAACGAAGAGGGUCAGAGCGCAUUAUUUGAAGUGUGUGUGCGCAGUGUGUGAUAUACAGGCGGCAUGGAGACGAAAGGCAAAGUCGAGUCGAGAGGCGCUGGAGGGGGCAGUUCUGGCGGUGGAGACGCGGUGGAGGUCCGUGCUGAGCAGGAGGGAAUUUAAGCUGAGGAGGGAGUGCGUGCUUUGUAUAGAACGAAGGCGGCAGUCGAUAGAGGAGAGGCGGAAGUAUCUGCGUUUUAAGAACAGCAUCGUUUAUUUACAGAGUCUGGAACAACAUAGGAGGACGUAUUGCUUGGCCAAGCGUCUGAGUCAGGUAUGCCGUACGUGGGCAGAGAAGGAGCACAAGAAGAGGGAGUACAGAGAGACGAUAGGGUUAUCGUUGGUGGUACAGGCGACCAGUUGGGCGAGACACGCACGUUUGGCUUACGAGGAGUUGAGACGCGCGGUAGUAUUGGUACAACUGCUGUUGAGAAGUCGCGAGGAAAAGGUGCGAUACGGGGACUUAAGGAAUUUCGUUUACGAUUUGCAGGCGUUCGCGGCGGCUUUGAAUGCCCACAUGGAACACGUGCGUUUGAGAAGUUGCGUCGUGGCGAUUGGCUAUUCGGUGCGAGCGCGCGGGGACCGGAAGCAUUAUGAGCGAGUGAAGAGCGCGGCAGCGCUGAUGGGUCGACAGAGUAGGGUUCGUCAAGAUCAAGUAGCUUACAGUGAGACAAGGAGGUCUAUUGAGGUGCUGGUGGCCUCGUUAUCUAGAAGGGAUUGUAUGAACGCCUAUAGCAUAUUGGGGGAGUCGGUGAAGUCGCUGCAGCGUUUGGCGGCUGUUAGGAGUUGUCGUUCGCGCUACAUUUCGUCAAGGCACUUCGCGACUUUGAUACAGGGAUUGGCGAGGGCUCGCUGUAACCGUGAAAGCUAUACACUGCUGACGAAUUCUCUGGUGGGGCUGCAGUGUCUGGCGAAGCUGAGGCACCAAAAAGCCGUUUACGUGCAAAUGAAGGAUCUGGCGGGGGCGGUUCAGCAGCUGUCGAGAUCCAGAGCGUCUAGAAGUUGGUUUUGUGACUUGACGAGUUUGACAGGAAUGAUUCAAUGUUUGUUCCGCGGGAAGCUGUUGCAGAGUGGGUAUCUCGAGGUGCGAGAGGCAGCAGAGCGAAUUCGGUGGCGCGUGCGCGUGAGGAGUCAGCACGCGCUUCACAUCAGUUUGGUAGGGUCUUGUACAUUUUUGCAGUACCGAAUAAGAGGGGGAAACGAGAGAGAGGCGUACUGCCGACUGAAGAGCUGCGUGUAUGUGGUUCAGCGUUUUUGGCGGGGCAGAGGCUUCAAGGCGUCGCAUGGCCAAUUGAAGGGUUCGGUGGUUAUUUUGCAGUCGAGUGCGAGAAGGUUGAGUUGCUCGAGCGUGUACGAUCGCUUGAGACAUUUGGUUAUUAUUUUACAGUGUGGAUUGAGGAGGAAAAAUCAUGUCACUGAAUAUGGCCAAUUACGUGGGGCGAUAGAGCCGAUUCAACGAGCGUUUAAGACGAGACAUGAUCGAGAUCUUUAUUUACAGCGUCGAAAGUUGUCUGCGUUGUUUCAACGUCUUUUGGAGAACCGAGCAAAUUGGCUGCAAUAUCAAUUUCACCGUUUGUCGACUAGAGUGCUCCAGUGUAAAAUUCGUUUGUUUUUGGAGAAGAGAGCACGUUCGAAUGCAGUGGAUAUGCUUGCACUUGUUUUGCGUUCGAAGUGCAGUCGCGAGGAAUACGACCAUAUCCGACGGGCUGCGGUUGAUCUACAGGCUUGGGUUCGCGCGUCCUGCAUUCAUGUACCGUCCAUUCUCGACGUAAAGCUGUCGGCCGUGUUGAUUCAAUCUCAGUGUCGCGGCGCGAAGUGUCGCUUGGACUACAACCAAAUGAGGAAUUUGGUAAUAGCCUUGCAAUCUGUGUCUCGUCAGCGGAGCCUACACCAGAUUUACGCCCAGGAGAGGCGUUCAAUACGCACUCUACAACAGGCGUAUAGACAACAAUCGUAUUGCAGGCAGUCGAGGGAAUGGAUAGGCAAGUUUUUAGAGAUGAGUCGAUUAAUUCGAACUUUAGAUCGUUUUUGGACUUUAGACAACCUUGAUUUUAUUGUCAGACAAGGAAUUUCAUCUGCUUUUGGCGACGGCUCUCAUUCAGAUAAGAAUUUUGUGCCUAUUCAUCAUAUCGAAUUAGCCCACCAACAUUGUACCGAAAAUAUUGAAAACGUCAUUUUUACUCAGUCCGUCUUACAUUUUCAAUCGGCCGUUCGUCUUCUCAGUGCUCGGCGUGUAUAUUCUCACUCUAAAAAAUGUGCGCCGCUAUUCCAGAGGCUUACCAGGAUGCACGGAGCCCGCUCCCUGUACUGUAACACAAUUUUCUCUGUUGGCAUUUUCCAGCGCCUCAUCUCAGUCAAAAAACAACAAAAAGACUUUUCUCAUCUCAAGCACUGUUGCCUGUUGAUCCGGACACGUCUCCAAGGAAAAAAUCAACGAAACGCAUUUUCGGAGCUCACUCAAGCCGUUCGAUCACUUCUGAAAAUCAUUCGUGCUUGGCAGAUUACUCAAAAGCAGCAAAAAUUCAUCAGUUCAGCCGUACUUUUUCGCCAAGCCAGCAUCGCCUACCCUUAUCACCACCUUUACCUCCUUCAAUCCAGAAUCAGGCAUCAGUACGUAAUCUCCAAAAUAUCGUCGCACGCGUCCGCCAUAGUCCUGUUGCAAGCCGCAUGUCGCACUCUCUAUACUCGUCAACACUACCAUUACCACUUUGAUAACAUUCGACGCUCCAUCGCGCAUUACCUCUCUUCACUCCAAGUCACUCAAACGUUGGGGUACCAAACCCAACAAGCGAUCCAUGUACUCGUUCACGGCACCAAACAACAUGACCUGACCCUUGCAUGCAACACACUGGAAUUCUCAACCCGCUAUUCAAAAUCCUGCUGUCAUCAUAUCAUCCGACUCAAUGCAAUUUCGACGUUUUUUGAUGUCAUUCAGGCCUGCAACAGAAGCAUGCCCCAUCUGAAACUCAUCGAAGUUAUACUUUGUGUUGUGGCGAACAUCCUGCGGUUCCAGGAGCUCGCCUACCACGUCUGGAUGAACUAUCCGCGUUUCCUUGAUUCACAGUUCGAUUUGAUGCAUAAAUUUAAAGGCACUCCAGAUAUCUUCCUCAAAGCCGCGAAACUAUUCUAUACCCUCUCCAAACUCGUCCCGUCCUCCCUAGAAAGCUGGCUCUUUGGAAAUUCGUCGUCUUUGCCGUCACUGCGCUCAACACACUCCCUGGAAAAGCUCACUCGUUCUGUACAAAAUGCCAUACAAAAAAUGCAAAUGUUAUCAGAAUACCUACAAAGACGUCUGUCCGGCGAAGUGAGAGCUAAAAAACAUCCGAAGUUAAUCCUGUGUACUAAAGAAUCCAUCUGCGCCGUCCAAUCUAUCAUCCAUCUAUUUCAACUUAAGCUCGGCCGUUUAAAAUCUUCUAACUGA